AACUCGGUUUUCUAACAUUUUAUAGGACCAUGAUUCAGAACAUGAUUAAGGAAGGAAAAAUUGUACCUUCAGAGGUAACAAUUAAGCUUCUUCAACGAGCAAUGCAGGAAAAUGCUAAUGACAAAUUUCUGAUUGAUGGCUUUCCUCGUAAUGAGGAAAACCGUGCCGCAUUUGAGUCUGUUACCGGAAUUGUGCCAGAAUUUGUACUCUUUUUUGAUUGCUCAGAAGAAGAGAUGGAGAAGCGCCUUUUGGGUCGGAACCAGGGAAGAGAAGAUGAUAACAUCGCUACAAUAAGGAAGCGGUUUAAUGUUUACAUGGAAUCUAGUCUCCCCGUGAUUCAGUAUUAUGACUCUAAGGGGAAGGUCAGAAAGAUUGAUGCAGUAAAGCCUGUUGAAGAGGUUUUUGAAGCUGUGAAAGCAGUUUUCACCCCAUCGCAUGAGAAGGUAAAGCACCAUUGUAACAUUCCAUGGAGUUUUAAUCAGUUUAGAGCCUGUUGGUUUCUAUGGAGAAUAAAAUCUGGGCAAGGGGUGCCUCAAUGAUAUAGGAUAAGGGGUUUAUUUUCCUGAUAAUAGAUAGCUACAUAUGCUUCUAUAAAUUAAUUUUGGAGUUAAAUGCUUAAUGUUGUGUAUUCUGCAACGGAGUAUUAGUAAAAUGUUUUUGCAUAUUUUAGAACUAGUCUUAUAUUAUCGAUCCUGCUUUGGCAUUGUCGUUAUGGGCUUAUAACAAGAAACAUGCUUUAGUCAGUGUCCUCCACCACUGUUAACAUGGUGAAAAAUAAAGGAUAUGAAGGAUUAUCAACUACAGCCAAUAAUUGGGACUUGA